CGACUCUCUGUCGCAUUACCGUACAGACAGGAGAAGCUCGCAGGCAAUUAACUUAAUAUGGCGUACUGGCGUUACAUUUUAAAAUACUAUACAAAAUAAUUAAUCAGAAUACCUACUCCUGCUCACUCACGCCAAAGAUCUCCCCGCUCAAGCAAACCGUCUCUGCAAGAUUAACGAUGACAGUUUGCACGCACAGCCACUUAGAAGAUUUACAUCUGUCAGACAGGUUGCUGAAGUCGUCAAGCUUCGUUUGAGUCUGCGCGUCAGAAACGGAAGUGCUAAAAACGCUAAAAAUGGGCUUCACUUGUCUCAAUUGAGUUCCAAUGGGGUCGCUGUGUCCAUUUCAUUUACUGUCUAUGUGAAUGACAUGGUGCACCUUCCUUUGUUUCAUCACGUGACUUUUUCAUCACCACCUGUCUUUGAUGGUUACCAGUGUAUAACAAAGGUCAUAUGGAGCUGGUGGAAGAUAUCUUUGAGAUCAGACUGCAAGAACACACCACCAGGACAACUGAGCCAAUCACAUCAAGACUUUUUAGAAGACAGUCGUCUGCAAAAUCAAGUGGCUGUGGUAUUUGGUCCUCACAUCUUGCAGUACUCCAAAAAUUUAUGCCAGGGCCUUUAUGAUUACAUUGUCCGUCUCCCCAAUGCUUUACUUUUCAACAUCAUGUCACAUCUGGACCUUGAAGACAUUUCAGUCGUUUCACGCACCUGCCGUAGGUUUAGAGAGCUUUGUAACUCGGAGGAGUUCUGGGAGCAGACAGUGAGGAGGCACUGUGACUCUGUGACACCAACAGUGGAGGCUUUAGCUGAGGAGGUUGGCUGGAGGACAGUUUUCUUCACCAACAAGCUGCAGCUGCAGAUGCUGAUUAGUCGCCGGAAGCAGAAGGAGAAUCAGCCCUGUGAGGAUAGAAACGAGCCAAGUUCCUCUUCAGUACCUUUGGAAUAAAUGAUUGAAGACUG